AUGUCAACAAAAGUACUUACAUCCCCCGAAGAACAGACAAAGGCAGUUGAAAAUUCUGCGGCUGUGAUUCGCCAACACAUAGUGCUGAUGCGGAAAUGCCUUGAUUCUAGAAACCACUUUAUGGAUGCCCUGAAACAUGCUUCUACAUUUUUAAAUGAGCUUAGAAACAACUCACUUUCACCAAAAGAAUACUAUGAGCUUUACAUUAUGGUUUACGAUGGCUUGGAAUACUUGAGCGAGUACUUGAGAGAUACACAUCCGGAUAACCACUUGGCAGAUUUAUACGAGUUGGUUCAGUAUGCCGGUAACAUCAUUCCACGUCUUUAUUUGAUGAUUACUGUGGGAUCGGUUUAUAUGGGAGUCAAGGAUGCCCCGAUCAAGGAAAUCAUGAACGACAUGCUUGAGAUGUGUCGAGGCGUGCAGCACCCAAUCAGGGGUCUUUUUUUGAGGUAUUACUUGUCCCAAAGAACGAAGGAUCUGCUUCCCACCAAUGGAUUGGAAGAAGAGGAUUCCAAAAGUGCGGACACAGACAAAAAAUCGGAUAAGGAUGCACAGAACAUGCAGCCAAGUGCACAGAACCCACUACAUGGAGAUGUUAACGACUCAAUCCAUUUCAUCAUCACAAAUUUUAUCGAAAUGAACAAGCUUUGGGUGCGUUGGCAGCACCAAGGGCAUUCGUCUGAGUUUGAAAAGAGAACAGAAGAACGUAAGGAGUUGCAAGUUCUUGUUGGAUCGAACUUGGUGAGGAUUUCACAGCUUGAGGCUAUCAAAAGGGUGUAUUAUAAGAAGAAUAUCUUGCCGUUAAUACUUGAACAGAUUGUGAAAUGCAGGGAUGUCAUUGCCCAGGAGUAUUUGUUGGAUGUAAUAAUACAAGUUUUCCCUGAUGAGUUUCACCUCAUUACUAUGGACGAACUUUUCAAUGCUACUUUAAGGCUGGAUCCAGCUGUUAGCUCCAAGAAGAUAAUUCUUUCACUGGUGGAAAGACUCAUCGCCUUUAAGAAAAGAGAACCUGAGUAUGUCAGCAGGGUUGUUGCCGAGGAUUCAGUCGAUAUUUUUGGCAAAUUUAUCGAGUUUAUCGACAAGCUUCUCGAGUGGAAGCCUGAUUUAAGUGCAGAUGACUAUUGCAAGCUUCUUUGUGGGUUGUGCCGGCUUUCUGUCAUUUAUUACUCACAGAAAUACGAGAACCUUGAUUCUGUGUACGAGCACGCUGUUAAAUUUUACAUUGACAACGAGAAAAUUAAAAAGUCAAAAAAUGCAAAGGAGAAGACCUUGCCAAAGAAAGAUUCCAGCAAAGAUAAUACAUCUCAGUCUUGCUGGAAAGAUCUACUUACUUGUCCAGUGUAUCAGUAUUCAGACGUGACAACAGUUCUUAAGUUGGGGGAUAGCUAUCUUAAAUUUGUCAAUGCAAUGAGUUAUGAGGUCAGAAAAAGUGUCUGCAGAGAUAUUAUCACGCGCUUUUUAAAGGAGAAAGCUCAGAUAACCACGGAUGAGGAAUUAAGAAAAGCUUUCCUAUUUUUGGACCCUUUUAUUAGAAUACAAGAUGGCGAAAGCGGAGAAACCGUUAAUCAAAAAACAAAAAAGCCAAUUCAAACAUCAGGAGACAUUCUAGGUGGAUCUCCAAACACAACGGCAGCCGAUUUGACAGAAAAUACAGAGAAGGCUCCCGAAGACAGCAUGGAGAUCCAGAAGAAUGAAGAGUUCCUAUCAAAGUUUAUCCACACGAUAUACAACAAGAAUCCAUACAAAAAUUUUGAGUUGCUAGAGAGUGCACAGAAGGAAUUGGCCAAGGGUGAGCAAAGAGUGAAAUACACUUAUCCAGCACUUGUCUCGACAACGUUAAAGCUAAUCAGGAAACUAUAUUUAGUGAAACAUCUACAAACAGAUAGGCAGAAGAAGAAGGUGAACCGAUUCUUUACAUUUAUCUCGGCCAUUCUUUCAGAAUUAUCGAAACAUAGUUACAAUGCCAUCGACUGCUUUAAUAUGAAUUUGACUACGGCAGAAAUAGCAGAUGAGAUCGGCAUGGAGAAUAUCUCGUACGAUUUUUUCAUCGAGUCACUCGUUAUAUACGAGCAGUUCUUUUUGGACUCGCGUUCUCAGUACCAAGCAUUGAUGGGCUUGAUAAACAAGCUUAUAGGUGCCAAAAACUUGAUGAAAACAGACAAUUUCGAUCGUCUCAUCACACGCACAACCAUAUACUGCUCAAAACUUUUGCGUAAGACGGAUCAAUGCCGUGCAAUAUACAUGGCCUCGCAUUUAUGGUGGAUAGUAGAUGAUACAGAAAAGACGGAAGACGCUGAUGAAUCAGAAAUUUCCGAUCUGGUCAGUGGUGUUGGUCAUUUGUCAUUGAAAAGUGAUGGAAAGAGAGUAUUAGAGUGUCUUCAGCGGGCUUUAAGGACAGCAGACUCGAUUCUUGACUCAAAUGUGUCUCUUGAGCUUUUCAUUGAGAUUCUCAAUCAAUCACUUUACUUCUUCAUUCAUGGAAACAAUCUCAUUACCGUGAGAUACUUAAAUGGUCUUAUUGAAUUGAUUGAAAACAACUUCAGUUCGUUAGGAAAGAUAGAAGGCCCAUCUCUCUUAACUUGGAAUCACUUCCAGCGGACAUUAAAGUACGUUUCUGAGCAGAAAGCGAUCGAUUCCAGAUUUGACGAAGUGCAUGCUUGA